UGUCAGAUUUCUGAACAAUUACUUGGUGACGUUUGAGUCAUAGACAGCCAAAAAUAUUUUUAACUGAUAAAUCGAACUAAAUGUAAAUCAUCUGUUUUGUUUUUAGAAUUAACUUCAUCAGCAAACAAACAUGAAUCUGCAGUUUAUUACAUUGGCUUUGGCCUUUGCUACCACAGCAGCAUUUCCACUCAAUGAUGAGAUCAGUCGAGAAGCAUGGAGUUUACACAGAGACAAUCAGGCCACUGACAAGAAGAAUUUUGACAAAGACUCAAACUCUAUGUGGAAGAACCAUGUAGUGAGCAGUGACCUUUACUCCGAAGACUCUUACAACCCAAUGGCAGCAGAACUGAGGCGCAAACUAAGCAUGGAGUCCGAGCGGCUGAGGGCCCGUCUGAAGCAGGAGCUCGCCGAGCUGAGAGAAAGACUCUCUCCUUACCCCAGCCAUCCCAAACACACCCUGGCCAAUGUGAAAGAGUUCCUCGCCCCCUUCACCAAACAGCUCCAGACGGUUCUCCAAUCCAACACUCAAGACCUCUGUGAGAAACUCAACCUGAACCUCCGGGAGCUGAACCCAGAGGAUGCCACUAUUUACAAGGAGGCUGUGCAGAAGAUCACAACUGCUUUGGAUGAAAGCCACCAGAAAAGGACAGCAGCAUUUUGAGGACUUUAAACGAAGGCAUUCGAGGCUGUUGAAGAGGAAAGAGACAGCAGCGGAAAGGAACUAUGGGAGGAAGUCACCGCCAGGCUUGGGCAAGAAGUUUGUACCUUCAGUUUAGAGGUACAAGGAAAAGUUGCAGCGCUCAAGAUCGCUUUGGCAGGCCAUCUCGCAUCAGCACAGCCUCCAAUGGAAGUGAUGGCUUCAAAGGUGGAUCAGUUCUGCCAGAACUCUGCCACUAGGAAUCAACAGUUUAUUUCUAACUUGGACCAGCAGAUGACAGCGCUUCAAGAAAGCCAGAGCCACGGUGAGUCGACUGGGUUCCAUCAGACAAACAUUGAGUCCAUACAGGAGGAUUUCUCCACAAGACUCACAGCACUGUUACAAGACAUCGUACACACUCUAAAUUAAACAACACGCCUCCAUUCCUGUGAGAAAUACAACUGUAUUGUAUUGUAAAUAACAACUGU